UGGAAAUAUUCCAGCAAAACCACCAGCAGCUACUUCGUAAAGUUCUUCAUACUUGCAAGUCCAGGCAUGAGCUCGACAAACCAAUCUGCCCACUACAUAAAGAUGCUAAUACGGCCAAACCCGGCUCAACAGCCUCCUCCGCCAUGAGGUUUCUUCAAACAAAAGCCACUUACUGGUCCAAUUUCAAUCAAUUGCCUCUGCCUCUGCGCAUACUUUGAUAGCCUCAAAAAAACUUUGGAAUAAUGGCCGAUUUCGGGUCCCGCCCUCUUUCAGUCGGGCGAGGUAUGGGUGAAGCUGCACCCGAAAUGAUGGGUCCGAAGAUCGAGACGAAUGCACCUCGCCCGGGCGAUUUUGAUGACGACUCAGAUUGGGAGUAUGAAUACUCUGCCACCGAAACAGAGACAUACUAUCUGACGGUCGACCUAUCCACACCCGACUUCACUGCGCGCAACGAUGACCAAAUCGUUCACAAUACCAGAGGUGGAUAUCGGACCUGGUUCAAUCCAUUGUCGGAGAAGCCUGACAUCAGUGCCAUGUUUGGCGAGGGGGGUGACAAUGAAGGCCAGGUCGCAAAGAGCUCUGUCGAACCUAGUUCCAAUCAAAGAGCCAGCAAUAGCCAGGGACAGGGUAACGACGAGGAGGAAGACGAUAAUAGUGAGGACGAUGACGAUGAGGAUGAGGAUGACGCAGAUGAAGGCCGCAGGGAAAAUACAGAUCCCCAGCUGUCCGGUGCAGCAGGUGUGGGUAGCGAUGGAGGAUCCGGGAAAGGUAGUGGAGUAGGGAUAUCGCGCCCUGCCAAACGGAAAAAGAAGACCAAGAAAGAGGACAAGCCUUUACAGAUACAAAUCAUGGACUUGCACUCAGAGCAACCCAUCAUCUCGCACAAGGGCAUGGUGUUCAAGGGCUGUUGGUCGAGAAAUAUUGGGACUGAGCUCGUCUUCACAACACCGCUGAAGGACGAUGGCACAACCAAUGUAGACUUAGACCACUCCCGUGCCAUCGACCAUGAUCAAGAAAACCUGGCACCCGAGUUCCGGGAGACACGGAAGGGCUCCGAUACCGCCUCGUUGUCGGGCCACAUGUCCUCAGACAAAACCCUUCCAUACCUGGCAGCAGUCCCAGGCGCCACCCUCCUGGCGGCGUCCUCGGCCCGCCUACAGUGCCAGCCCAUCUCAAUUCAAAACCGGGCCCUCCCGGAGCAGCGUACCGAGGCGCACCGGCUCGCGCGCUCGGCCAACAACUUUGUUAUCCACAUCACCGACGACCUGACGGGCUCCCGCAAGCCUCAGGGACGGUUCCUGGAGCAGCUGAUGGCCAUCAAGCGGAAGCGCGGCGAGACGGACGAGGUCACGGUCGUCACGGCCGAGAAUCCAGACGAUGCCGUCGACGACGAUUCGGAGGAGGACUUUGAGCGCGAGAAGAAGGAGCGCAAGAAGCUGGACGGCCAAGCGCGGCUGAUGAGGAAAAAGAUGGACCCGCAGACAAAAGGCCCCGGCCGCGGCGUUGGGUACAAGCCCAGGAUCAGGAGGAAUAAGGCUGGCGCGAGGAGGCGGAAGGAGGAGGCGGCUGCUCUAUCUUCUGGUGGGCCUUCUACUCCGACGCCGGCCUCUUGGCCUCAGGGGUAUGAGCAGCCGAGCAUGACGGGUGAUCCAGGACCAUCGGAAACGCUUUCUGGUUGAUGGACGGAAUGGUUUCAAUUGGAAGCUAUCGGGAUUUGACAGCUCACAUCGUCUACGACAUACGGGCUGUUUCUCACAACAGCCUGAAUGUUUGCAACAUAUAUCUUGCAUGCCACGAUACCCACUUUACAUGAGAUCCGGAGUUAGGUGAGAUUUUGGUGGAACACAGAAACAGUCGUAAUAUGAUUGAUGAUCAUUAAGGGGUAUCACAACCACAUAUUGUGCAAUAACCAAUUAUUUUCCAUACGCCGCAUACUAAAUGCCAUGGCAAAAGAACAUGCAACUUUCUUUUUUUUUAUCUUGCCGACAAACUCCCAAC